AUGACGAACCUCGAGACCGACCAGAACCCCGCCGACGACGGCUGGGCUUGCUGGGCGACGCUCGCGCGACCGUUGUUCAAGUGGGCUGGUGGAAAACAACGUUUCCUCUGGGAGCAUCGGGAGCGAAUCCCGGAAGGCUUCAACACGUACCACGAGCCGUUUGGAGGUGGUCUGUCCGUCUUCUUCCACGUUGCUGCUCGCAGUUCUAGCCCUGUUAAAGCUGUUCUAGCCGAUGUGAACCUAAGGGUCAUCCGCACUUAUGAAGAGGUCAAAUGGGAGCCGGAUGUCGUUUCGGACCGCCUAAGACAACUCGAGGCCGGCUAUAACGUUGCGACCGACAAAGUCGCUUUCUAUCUCGAUGUCCGCGCACAGCACAACCGAACGUAUCCUCGACCCGACGCCGCUCGAUUCAUCUUCCUGAUGAAAGUUGCGUGGAACGGGGUCUUCCGCAUCAAUCAGGCCGGAUCGUUCAACGUACCGCACGGAAAUCUGAAGGCUGCACUGCGCCUCCCGUCGCUCGAGGAAGUCACCGGCGUGAGCGUCGCGCUCUCGCAAUCGCGGCUUCGCGCGCAGUCAUGGGAGACAGGCCUCAACGAUAUGCAGCCUGGCGACUUCGCCUUUUUUGAUCCGCCCUACUUCCAUGACGAUAAUCGUCGCGAUCUUUACGAGCGGAAUCGGGUUUUCACUUUCUCUGACCAAAUCCGCCUCGCAGACGCUCUCGUGGAUCUCAAACAGCGUGGGGUCGACUUUCUGCUCACAAAUUCUGCACGGCCACAGAUGAUUCAGCUUUACCGUGACCGCGGCUUGCGCGUCGAAGAAAUCGAAGUCCAUCGCAGUAUUAGCUCAAAAACCCAGGGUCGUGGGCGUGAAGGCGAGCUCGUAGUGACCCCCGGAACGCAGUCGGACAGCCCGCAGCUCAUCAAGGCGCGUUUGCGUCUGAUGAUGAAAGACAUUUAG